UUGUUUAAAAUUAUUGAAUUGAUCAUUUGAGCUGUAAUACCAUCUUAAAACAUUAAGUAGCUCGAACACGUGUUUGAUUCUAAUUUUCAUAUCACCGAGAACUUGAAUUUCACCCUAACACAAGCUUUAGUACGUUAAGAAAUUUAAUGAAAUUUUGAUUCUUUUCUUUUCAGAUAAUGGGAUUUGUAAUUGGGAUUCAGAAAAGAAUUAGUGCUGGUUUUGUUAAGAAGAGGAUAUUAUUGGAAUUUUGGCAUAAUUUUGGGUGGACCUGUUUCUUUUUUUUGGAAUAUAUUGAAACCUUUUAUUUACUUGGACAGAACUAGGCUUGGGUGAAUGAGAAAUUGAAGCUCACAGUGUACCACAUGAAGUGGUUUAGGUUUUGGAGGAAAGGUAAGGCAAUAACUAGUUUAUAUACGGCCACAUUUUAUGGAUUUGUAAUCAUUCGUAGCAUAGAGACGUGAGCUCGAGGGGGUGCAAAGUCUAGCCCUUGUCCUUUUGCUCUAGUCUAGGAUGAGCUUCGGAAUAUAGGAUGACAAUAGAGGUCCGGUAUCUAGAAUUUUAGAAUAGCAUUCACAAAUCUAAAAUUUUUAGUAUAAAAAACUAUGAUAUAAUACAAUUAAUGUCCAUUGAGUCCAAAAUAUUGUCAAAAAUGAUGAUUUCUUAUCCUCUUAUAAUAUAUUCUUUAUUUAUUGAGCAAGCAUAGUCACUUUAUUUUAUGAAUAUAAAAACAAUUAGGCUGCAUUUAUUCUUAGAGAUGAUGUAGGAACUUGACUUAUUCUAAUAGAAGAGAGAAGAAACUAAACAACUUUACUGUCAAGUAGGAGGAGCUGAAGAAUAACACUAUAAAAAUGGUGGAGCAGAGUAAGGUUCUUAAUACUCCUGGUGCAGAAAAACAGACAAAGCGUGAGCUGUUUGAUGCAAUUCGGCAGGAGCUUGAAACUCCUGUGCUUGAAAAGGCUUCUAAAUCAGUGUGGGAGUUAAUAUUGGAUCAGAGUGGCUUGGGAAAGGAGAUCAGCGAACUUGUUGAGAAAGUCUUUUGCCAACUAAGUGGCCAUGAACCUCCAUUGUUUCCUCCAACAUGCAGUGAAGCCCAGCCGGAGAAAGAGAGAGAUGAUACCCCAACCUCUUCGUCCAAAAAGAGAAGUUUUGGUGAGAUGAGCAAGGAAGAUAUAGAUGAAGUUGCACAAGUUUCAGCAGACGAACCAGUUGUACCACAGAGUAUUAAUACACUUACAUCACCCAAAUAAAGAAAAGGAAGCACGACUGCACCGUACUCGGUGGACGAGUCUUUGUUAAUUUGCACUGCUAGAUGAAUCAUUCUUCUUGGAAAAGGAUGACACAUUGGUGUUUAUUGUCUCAUUUUAUGCUAAUUGUAUGCGUGCCAAGUCUUUAUGAAUCGUUGAAGAUGCAUCGAUAACAUUUUAGUUAAAUGUGGUGAAAUGGAAGUUAAGUUGAUUGUAUUAAAACCUUCUACCUUUAAGCUUGUUCAAGUAAACGUAGAGAAAUUAACAUGUAAAAGCAUGUAAAAGGUUUGUGUUU